GGCAUCACGGACAAUGUAAACAACAUGGCGUCGCGGGUAGGCAGUGCGGCCUUCGCUGGAGUAUCUUGAUAAGAAGAGCUGUUUUACGGAGCAGUAAACACUAACAGCGUUCUAAUGCUGAGGAAUAGCAAUCGUUGAUUCUAACCUGCCAGCUCAUAAUUUAAUAAAUUGAGACUUCGGGAGAAAACGCUACCGAAAAGAGCUGACACGACUGUUUACGCCAAAUAAACACGCCUCUGUCUAUGGGCUCUCGGUCCAGUUCUGGGAUGUCCAGUCGUGGGUCCAGCGGCAACCCAGACCAGUCAGAAACAGGACCCAACCAGACCAACAACCAGCAGGGCCGCGGACAGGACGAGAGGCAGACAGACAGACAGUCAGCAGACGAAGAGGACGUCGAUUUAGCUCAAGUGCUGGCGUACUUACUGAGGAGGGGCCAGGUGCGUCUGGUCCAUGGGGGUGGAGCAACAGGACUGCAGCUGGUCCAAUCGUAUUCUGACUCUGAUGAAGAUAGCGAUGGUGCCUGGGAAGGGCGCCUAGGAGACCGCUACAACCCCCCUGUGGACUCCCAGCCUGACACCCAGGAUGUUGAUCGGAGCGAGAUCCGAACUCAGAUCCUCCUGGCCACUGCCUCCUCAGGUCAUAAGGGUGCCAAGAGCUUCACCCAUAUGUUGAGAGAGAGGGAACAGGGCCGAUGUCUGGGCUCCAGUUUUUCUCAUGGGGAGUGCAGCCGCAUCCGCUCGCAUUUCCUGCCCAACCACGUGGUCCUGAAGGAGACCUAUCAUCAGAAGGCCUUCUGUGGAGUGUACAGUGAGGAUGGCAACAUGUUCCUCUCAGCUUGCCAGGACCAGAACAUCCGCCUGUACGACACCAGCAGGGGGCGCUUUGACCUGAAGCGCACAGUGAGGGCACGGGAUGUGGGCUGGAGUGUGCUGGAUGUCUGUUUUACCCCUGACGCGAACUGUGUGCUCUAUUCCAGCUGGUCUGAUUACAUUCAUGUUUGCAGUAUAGGUGGAGACAAUGAGACACACACCGCUCUGGAUCUCAACCCAGAGGGGAGGAGAUUCUGCGUGUUCUCCUUGGCAGCAUCCUCAGAUGGAAAGGAGGUCUUGGGCGGAGCGAAUGAUGGCUGCCUUUACGUGUUUGACCGUGAGCUAAACAGGAGGACACUCAAGAUUGACGCCCACGAGGACGACGUAAACGCCGUGGCGUUCGCUGACACCUCGUCUCAGCUGCUGUUCUCGGGCAGCGACGACGCCCUGUGCAAGGCGUGGGAUCGGCGCAUGCUCCGGGAGGACCGGCCACAGCCGGUGGGGCACCUGGCCGGGCACAGGGACGGCAUCACGUUCAUUCACAGCAAGGGAGAUGCCCGAUACCUCAUCAGCAACUCUAAAGAUCAGUCCAUCAAGCUGUGGGACGUGAGGAAAUUCUCCCCCAAGGAAGGGCUGGCUGCCUCCAGGCUGGCUGUCACCCAGCAGAACUGGGACUACCGUUGGCAGCAGGUCCCUCAGAGAGCCUUGAAGAGGCACAAGCUGACGGGGGACACCUCAGUGAUGACGUACCGGGGCCACGGCGUCCUGCACACCCUCAUCCGCUGCCGCUUCUCCCCUGAGUUCAGCACGGGCCAGAAGUUCAUCUACAGUGGCUGCUCCACGGGGAGAAUCGUCAUUUAUGACGUGCUGACGGGCAGCGUGGUGUCCAGGCUGUCUGAUCAUGGCGCCUGCGUGAGAGACGUCAGCUGGCACCCGUACCAGGACAAUAUCGUCAGCAGCUCUUGGGACGGAGGGGUGCGGCUGUGGGAACACAGGCAGACUCACCCACUAGAUGAGGAGAGGCUCCGGGAUCGAGUGAUUGACAGGAAAAGGAAUUAGUCCCCCUAGUGACUGUCUAUCCUGUGACAGCCAUGAUCACAUCUGUAAUUGCUAAUUAGCAGGCGGCACAUGGUUUCAGGCUCUGCAGCGGUGGCAGUCUAUAGGUAUUCUCUCCUUUUGUAAGAUAAAAUAGCGGAUUGCUGGCCACAGCUGUGGCUUCCUGAUUCGCCAGCUGUGAACAGGAGCACAUAACUAUGCAGCACUUCAGCAAAGCCAGGCGUGUAUAUAUGUUCCAGACUUAGCAUAUUCAUUUUAGUCUGUGAUCACUUUUGUUGCUUUGUGUGAAAGCAGCAGCCAAAUGCAGAAUAUUACAGCUACCGAGAAGAUUUGAGCAAUGUGCACAGGAUCAAGAAAGGUAUUAUUUCAAUUAAUCUGAUCUUUUAAAUAAAAUAUUUUGUAAACAAAUGUGAAAAUAAAUUCCAUCUAUAAGAACAAAUGUCUCUCUGCAGGUUAAGAUUGAGCGUGGGGGAUGGGGGAAAAAUGUGUGUGGGCGUGUUCAUCAUUGUCUUUCCCUUGAAACAAAAUUUCCACUAAUAAAAUCACUUUAAUUUA